AUGGCCGACCUCGACAUCAAGAUUGGCCAUACAAUCGUGACCCAGGAUGGAAGAGAAGGGGCUGUCCGGUACAUUGGACCACUGCAUAUUGCAGCGGGAGAAUGGCUAGGUCUCGAACUGCCAGAUAACUCGGGGAAAAACGAUGGUUCGGUCAAAGGCCAGCGCUACUUUCAAUGCCCCCCUGGUUAUGGUAUCUUUGUCCGCAAAGAGUCCGCGGUCAGAAUUGCAAGGCAGGCUUCACAGAAUUCCAAAGCCAAUGGUACAUCGUCCUCAAGCGGCCUGUCCACGAAACCGAGACCAUCCAGCGGGAUGACCGCUGAUGUUGCGAGAAAGCGACAGAGUCUCAUGGGCUCAGGAGCCGGGUCUGUCCAUGGAUCCCGGGCAUCGUUAAGAUCUCCCACCAAGUCUCCCACCAAGUCUCCCACCAAACCUACACCCUCCAUCGCCAGCUCCACAGGAUCGACUCCGCGAACAGGAACGCCGGCCACUACUGCACGAACGUCUGAUUCCAGCACGAGAUCGAGACUCAGUACAGCCGGGAGGCUCUCGAUGGCUCCGCCUAGCACAGCAAGCCGCAGCAGCGCAACCGCGAAUAGACAGUCCCUGGUUGGCGGGGCUGUGAAGCCAGUUUCCGUGAGGUCGACUUCCAUACAAUCACGGCAGUCUCUGGCUGGUUCCCGUCUGUCUAUGUCUUCGAAACCCGUUGCCAAAAGCGAGCGUGUCAUCUCACCUCCGGCCUCGGUAGACGAGAUCUCGUCGCCACUUUUGGAAGAGGAGGAGGAGCCCGUUGCUCCAGCAUCGACGGACGCAGACCAUACUGGGCUACGUGAGCCAGCAGAGUCGCAAAAUACACCCCCGGGAUCUGUUUCUACGCGACAAUACUCUGUCUCGUCGCCUCGAGAUGGCUUGGGCGCUCCCCCAGAGGACAGAUCUAGGCAGGCGCAGGUUAUUAAGGCUCUAGAGACAAAGGUUCGCAGUCUACAAAAACAGAGGCAGGAGGAGCAGAGCCAAUUACAGAACGUCCAAGACCUUCGGAAUCAAAAUACAAGAUAUGAAGGAAUCAUCCAAGCGUUGCAAAAGAAGCUCAAGACCAACCAGCAAGAAAUGAUGGACCUUAAAGUCAAGUAUGAUGAAGCCGAGAGCCGCGCAAGAAAUGUCCCUGAUCAGAGUGCCGAACAUGAAUCGGAGUUGGAGCUGGCCACACUUGACAAGGAAAUGGCCGAAGAACGUGCUGAUAUGUUCGAGACUGAAUUAGAGGCGCUCAAACUCAAGCAUGAGGAAUUGGAACUUGAAGCUGAAAUCCUGAGGGAGGAAAAUCGGGAGCUAACUUCGGUCAUGAGUCCUGAAGAAAAGGCGAGUGCCGGCUGGCUCCAGUUGGAACGUGAGACGGAAAGACUACGCCAGGCACUGGUCAUGUUGCGUGAUAUGUCCCAACAGAACGAAGCCGACAUGAAGAACGAGAUCAAAGAGCUUCAUGAGACGCUUGAUGAGUUGGAGCAGUCAGCUACCAAGUACGAAGAAGCUGCGGCCAAGCUCAGCAAGUCUGAAGAGACCGUCCAGCACCUGAAGGAACAACUUGAGGCGGCAGAAGCCAACGACGACAUUCUGGAAGCUAUGGGAGCAGAACGAGACCAGACUCGUCAUGAGAUCGAAAUACUGAAAAGACAGAUCCAGGAUUUCGAAGAGCACAUCCAAGUUACUGAUGAACUGGAAGCAUUCCACGUCGAAGAAGAAAAGCGUUUGCAUUACCAAUUGGAUGAGAGCGAGGCAAUGAUCAACGACAAACAACGCCAGAACCUCGAGCAGCAGAAGACAAUUGAAGACAUGGAGUAUACCUUGACCAAAUUUCGAGAAGUCGUCCAAGGGCUUCAAAGCGAUAUUGACGAGCUCCGUCGUUCACGAGACAUAAGUGAGACUGAAGCGAACGAGAUGAGCAGUAAAUCACGGGCCAUGAUGGACUUGAAUCUGAGAUUACAAAGCUCAGCCGCGAAGACACAGCUCAAGGCGAUAGACCUCGAACUUGGGAAGAUGAGAGCUGAACAAGCGAGUUCGCAUCUGGAAAUCUUAUUAUACUUUGUCCCGGAGACAUUCGACGUCGAUAAGAAGCCCAUCUCGGCUCUUUUAUGUCUCAAGAGAAUCCGGUCAAAAGCGCAAUUGAGCAGAAGUAUUUUGGCGGACAGAAUACGAGAUCGACCAGACCUGGUCCAGGAUAGCGCAAUAUCCACAUUUGCUGUGAUGGAGAAGAUGAGUUUCAUCGCCAACAUGUGCGACAGAUUCGUGCAAUUCAUGUCGACUUGCUCACUGGACGACUUCAUGAAAUAUGCUGGAGCACCGUUUGAACUUGAGCCUGUGGAACUUGCAGUAUCCGGCUGGGUCGAGGCCCUGCGACAUGAUGAGCUGGCUCCAGAUGGACCAGAUCACUUGCAACGCAUGGCUGGCAUACUGACGGAUAUGGCGGAGAAACUACUUCCUGAUAGCCUCGAAUCCAAGACAAUGGAGCUGCUGGCAAACGUCUCCAUGACAGAGACGUACACCGACAGCAUUGCAGGUCAAGCCCAGAUCCUGGACAAAGUGGUACAAGGUAGAUUGGGAGCCCCCACCGCUGAUGAUGAAGAUGCAAUGGCCUUCCGGAAGAGAGUGGAUCAAGUUGGUGUCAAGUCUCGGACUGUGAAAUACAUCUCUGGGAAGCUACUACAUGCUCUCAACGAUCUCCGAGCUCGCUCGAUGUGUCUUAAUGAGUCAAUGUGGCAUUCGUUUGCAGAAGCCGAGAAUAUUGCUUCGGCCUUGUCUCAGCUGACCCAGCGGGUUGGACAUGCAGCCAUUGAAGAACUCAACAAGAUCGACCGGGAUGAACCACUCUCUUACUCAGGUUUAAUCGACAAAAUGACCUUAGUCGCUCGGCAACAAGCAGAGCAAACUACAUCGCAGACAGGCCCAGAAGAUGUCUUCGACAUCCUUGCGAAGCAGCUGUCGGUCCUUCAAGCAAUGAUCGAUGAUUUGCACACGAAGUCUGCCGAUCUGUCAGGCGCCGUUGAAUUCGAGAAGGGCCCAGCACCUUGGAUUGUGAGAGCCAAGGAAGUCAAGGCACAAAAACUCCUUUCGCAAGACAUGCAAGAAGAGAUGGCCCGCUUGAAGUUGAGGAUUCAAGAGCAGACUAUCAGGAUCAGCGAGAGAGACAGGCAGAUUGAGGAGCAGCAAGUCAAGGUCGAAUUACUUGAGUCCCGAGCCAAGGAGACCAAGUUAAAGGACGACGGCGUAAAAUCGAUGCAGGAAGAAAUCGACAAAUUACGGGCCGAGAACGCAGUAGCAUCCGAAAAUCUACAACGACUCGAAGCUGAUCAUCGAAAUCUGCUCGAGACACGCGAGAACCAGAGAAUGGAGCUUGAUGCCAUGAAACAGAGAGUACCUGCAGACGGACAAGGUCUGCCGAGUGGUCCUGUGGAUGAGACCACAUCUUUGCGCUUCAAGGCUGAAACCGAACUCCUCAAGGUGGAAAUCGCCGGUCUGGAGGCCUCUGUGCGCUUCCUCAAAUCCGAAAAUACGCGGCUUCGGGUGCCUGUCGACAAAGUUGGCCAGGAUGCCAUUGGUCGUGCAUGGCUCGAUCCAAGUCUGCUCAAGGUGGGACACAAAGGCGACAAGGCAAGGGGGCUUUGGGCAGAGUCGAUGGAGGUGUUCACAGAUCUUAUCGAGUUGGCCAAGACCUCCAAACCCGUUAGGUUGGCUCCAAAAUCCCCACAGGUGCAAGGCAACCCUGGCUCCGUGUCUACAUGGAGGGCCCGGUCGACCACGAUGUCGUACCAGAUCCUUCAGCGGAAAGAAGAGCUUGAGCGGUGGAAUGAGAUGAAAGACGACUUGGUCAAACGGGCGAAAAUCGUAGCGCGGCCUUCACGACAUCGAUAUACAGGCCCUGCGAAGCCCCAAAUCUUGGAUGUCAAUGGAAAGACCUUGGAGCCCUCCAGGGACGUAGUACGCAUUGUUCAACAUUGA